UUUCUUAAUUAUCAUUUUCAUGCAAAUAGAAUUGUUAAACGGUUGAGAAAUAAAAUAGAAAUCAUUACAUAUGCAUUUCUUAUAGAAUGCAAUUGCUAUUUUUAAAUUAUUCGCAACUCUAAAGGAAUUAUUUUUCAUAGAUUUUAAUCAUUAAAUAAAACCAUACGUAAAUUUAUUCGUAAAUCUAAAAAUAUAACAUCAUCUUUGUGAAAUAUCUAAAAAGAAUUUGUUUGUAUUAAUCAUCGUAAAAUUCAAAGUGCAACGCGAUUAAAAAACAAUUCAGAGAAGAAAUGGUGGGGAUAGUUUAAGACUGCGCAGAUGAGUCAACAUGACGGUCAUAACCAAGAGAUAAAGGUUAUAGAAAAAAAGCAGAAGGAAUUUUAUUUUCGAAAUAUUCGAUAUUAAUAUCAAGUUUUUUAUAUAGAAAAUUUAUUAUUAAAAAGAACAAUGCUUUAUUAACAAUUUAAUAACUAUUAAAGUUAUAAUUGCUAGGAAAGAAAUGUCAGAAAGAAAAGUUUUUGUAACAGUUGGUACUACAAGUUUUGAUAAUUUGAUUUCAACAAUAUUAACUCCUGUAGUGCUUGAGGCAUUAAAUUUAAGAGGUUACAAUUAUUUAUCUUUACAGAUAGGUAAAAGUUCUUUAAAACCUGAUUGUUCACCUCGAUAUGGUAUCAAACAUAUUGAAUAUUUCCAAUUAAGUUCAUCUAUCGAGAAUUAUAUACAGGCAGCUGACUUAGUAAUAAGUCAUGCUGGAGCAGGGAGUAUUUUAGAAGCCUUAGAAGCUAAAAAACAUCUAAUUGUAGUUACUAAUCAGUUACUCAUGGAUAAUCAUCAAUUAGAAUUAGCUCAACAAUUGUAUGAAGAUAAGCAUUUGUUUUAUUGCACUUGCGAUACUUUGUUAAAUACUAUUCAAACAAUGGAGUUAAGUAAGUUAAAACCAUUUAUAUCCGAUGGAAGUAAAAAUAUUGUUAACCAUUUAGAUCGUAUCAUGGGUUUUAGAUAAAAUAAAGUAUGUUUUUAUUUAUAAAACAUAUUGAAAUGAUAAAUUAUGUUAAUAAAUAAUUUAAACUCUUUUUUUAGUAAAUUAUAUUAGUAUAAUAAAUUAAUAUCAACAGGAGAAUAUAUAUAUCUAUUAAAAAUGAUUGCAUAGCUAUAUAAAAAUGCAAGGAAAUAGUAGUUUAGGUACAGUGAGAAUGUGAGAACCAUAUAUUAUAUAUUUAUGUUGAAGUACAUAUAGAUAAUAUAGAAUAGAUAAACUCUAUAUUUAAUAACAAUAUAAAAAAAUAAUAUACUUAACAAGCGUGGCUUAAAAUGUUUAUUUAGAUAUAAAGACAACUUUCUUAUUUCAUGUAAGAAUAAAUGAUAAAAAAUGUGGCAGU